AUAUUGUGCAAGCAGUAACACGGUUUAAUAAUAGACCAGCACAUUAUCAAAAGAAUAUUGAACUACUAGACCCAACGGAUGAUAACUUGAAUGACUCAUACGAGGAAAUCUUAGCUGAAGAUGCAGAUGAGGAGUUGCUUGAAAACUAUUCAAAUAUUGAAGAAAGUGAUA